UACAGUGUCGGCGGCCGCGGUGCAUUUCACAUAUGGCGGGAACGGAACGCGGUGCUGCUGCCCAUGCACAUUCACCUCGGUACCUGCUGCUGCUGCUGCUCGUGGAGAGAGAGACGCCGCCGCCGACUCUGUGCACAGUCCGAAAUUGAACGGUGUCCGCACAGUCAACGUUCAUUCAAACUGACAACAUUUUGUUCUACCGUGUGUGUGUGUGUGUGUUCGGGUUAAAAAACAUUUAAAAAAAAAAUUAAUUAAAAUUAAAAAAAAAAAAACCAAACGUUUCUGAAAUUUAAAAAUUUUUUUUUUUUUUUAAUUUAAAUCGCGCUCUUACGGUUUCCCAGGACGGCAACGUUUCUUCUUAUAAUAUAGUUUGUAAAAAUCUGUGCUCGAAUUGAAACAAAAUAAGCUAAAGAAAUUUGAAAAAAAAAAAACACAACACAACAACAUAUAUCCGAAUAAAAAUAAUUUACAUUAUUUUUUUUUUCAACUCAUUUUAACCGAUUGAUAGUUUUUAUGCUUUUUAUUAAAUUUGAACUUUUCAAAGCAGCAGCAGCAGCCAAACACCAACACCGUCCAUACGGAAACGGCCAAGAUGGCCAAGACGAACGGCCAAGACGGCGUCGUCGACGUUCACCGCCGCCGCAGCCGGACCGCCGUCAUCGUCUUGCUGUGACCACCGCCACGGCCAAAAGCAUGACACACCCAACACCGAGGAUGGUGCCUGGGAAACCCGAAUACUUUUUCUUCUCCGCCGCCGUCUUCUUGUACGUGUGCAGUCUGAUGAACGUGACGUCGGCCGGUAUAUGCUGGGCGUCCAUGGGCAAGACCGGUCUGUGCAAGGAUCUCAUAGCAGAACGUGUGUCCAAAGAGACUUGUUGCGAACUUGGUGGAAGUUCGGUUUCCACGUCUUGGAGUCCGGCGGACUUGGACUCGGGAGCGCUGUUUUUCUGGAGAGUUUUGGGCGACGGCGUGCCUUGUACACGGUGCAAAGGAUCGUGUGCCGGAGUGGAAUGCGGUUCUGGAAAAACCUGUGUGAUGCGAUCGGGUUCUCCAAAAUGCAUUUGUUCGCCAAAUUGUAAGCGACACGAUGGACUUAGGGUAAAGGGCCCGGUCUGCGGCACGGACGGCGUGUCGUACAAGUCGUUAUGCCGGUUGAAGAAGAGGUCGUGUAGAACCAGAGACCAGUCUCUAGUUGUGGACUACCACGGAUUAUGUCAAAACUCGUGUGACAAGGUGUCCUGCCCCGGAGGAAAAUAUUGUCUUCAGGACCAAAACUUGAUGCCUCACUGUGUGAAAUGCGCAUCCUACUGUUCGCAGGGCUUAUCUCCGUCCAAGUUGGUCUGCGGUUCUGACGGACGUACAUACCAAAGCGCGUGCCAUUUGCGCGAAGCCGCCUGUCGAAUGGGCAAAGCCAUUCCGAUCGCUUACAAGGGCCGGUGCAAAAAGUCGGCCACGUGCGCCACGGUGAGCUGCAAGAACGGUCAAAAGUGCCUGACCGAGAGCAACACCGGACGUCCGCGUUGCGUCACCUGCGACCUGCCAUGUCCGGAAACGGAGUCGACCAAACGCAGGGAAAACGGCGGCGGACCCAUUUGCGGUUCCAACGAUAAGACUUAUCACUCUUGGUGUCACAUGUUCAUGGACGCGUGCGCCACCGGUUUUGUCAUCGAGACCAAAGCUUCGGGCCCCUGCCACAGGACCACCGGGUCGCCGUACGUUCACCAGCACUUGGAUACCAUCUAUAACAGCAAUUGGAAUUUUUUGAACGCUUCCGACUCUUUGGGCGGUUUGACAAUGAUUUGACCAAGUCGACCACCAAAGCGAACGUGAUAUUCCUCUAGACAAAUUUAAACCGCACAAAAUAUUAUUAUUAUCAUCAUAAUAAUAAUAUUACAACAAAAUUACCAGUUAAAUAACACAAAUCACAAUUCACACACACACACAGCACUUACUUCGUAUGUAUAUUAAUUGUUGUACACUAUGCAAUAUAUUAUUAUUAUUAAUUAAUAAAUUUAUCGUUGAUAUUAUAUUAUUAUAUAUA